AUCAUCACAACUUUAACUGCAAUGUGAGUAACUACAUGGGAGAAAAAUCAAAUUUCGGACUGAAAAAAAAAAUUGUGAUGCAAGGACUAACAUGGCUAACAAGGUCCUUAUCUUAGUUGGAAAUUGGUUGGUUCAGUUUCUCGAGUUGGGGACAAUUAAGUCUUUUGCUGUUCUUCUUGUUCAUAUCGUGAGAGACCUUGAAUCGACUACCGGACGAAUUGGGAUGUUCGUUGGCAUGUACCACGCCAUUCCUAUGAUGUCAGGUGUCAUUGUCAAAGUGCUUCUUCAUCACUACUCCCCUCGUUCCGUGGCUAUGAUAGGUGGAUUUCUCGGAUCUUUAGGACUCGUGGCAUGUUCUCAAGUCAGCAAAGAUACAAUUUUUGCAAUAUGUCUUAUUUUCUCAGGGCUUGGAUUAUCGAUGACUCUCAUCCCCACCAUGUUGGAAUUGGUGUAUGCCUUCAAGGAUGAAUAUAUGUUACCUUAUUCAAUCGCAUCAAUGGGUGCCGGGAUGGGAAUGAUGAUUCUUCCUCUGCUGACGCAGAAACUGUUGGAUGCCUACGACUGGCGAGGUGCUCUGCUCAUCCUUGGAGCAGUUAAACUUCACCUAGUCGUAUGCGGGACAUGGCUUCGUAAAACAUCAUCUGAACAAGAAUGUGAUCCUCAAGAAUCCUUGCUGAAUCAUGGCGAGUCGUACAAUCUGGCAUCUCCCUCGGAAAGUCUAAGGGUUCUGGAAAAUGUUGACACGGUUAAACAAAAUGCCUCACAUCGCGAUUCAGCUGCAGUCCGAUGUUUCCAUGGUUCCUUGACACUGCUAAGAGCUGCUUGUAAAAGAGUGGGUCUACAUGUCUUCAGUGAACAUCCUUUAAUCAUAUACGCAUUUCUUGCAGCAUGUCUUCAUGGGGUCUCCUAUAUCGGCUGGACUGUGUUCGUCAUUUCCAAUGCAGAAGCGAAAGGUCUUCCGGAAGCCGUAGCUGUGUUGCUUUCUAUAGCAGCUGGUAUAGGAAACAUUGCAGGGCGGUUGAUGCCAGGACUCUUUAACUUCCUAAACAAAGAUCUGUUUCCUUCAAGGACAUUGUUUCUUCUAUUCGGUACCAUUGGUGCCUUGCCACUUUGUUUGAAUCAGAUAGCAACUCGUUUCUCGACGUUAUGCGUCUUUGCUGCGAUCAGUGGCUUGGCUUUGGGAGCAAAGACAGUUGUCAAGAAUACCAAUGUGAUAGACGCGGUUCCCCAAUCUCUAUCCUCCACAGUUUUACCGUUCGUCUUAAUCUUUACCGGACUUGGUGAAGUAAUAGGAGGAUGGGUGGCAGAUGGCGUUAUCAAUUUAGAGAAGAUCAAGAUGGCCAAGUUUGAGUACGACGAGUCGGGAGGAACUUCCCUUUAUUUUCUGGUUUCUUUCUAUGCACUGGUCCUUUUUCCAUUGACGUAUUACUUAUGGCCUUCUAAGCACAAAAAGGAUGACCCAGAGAAAGUCCGGAAAGCGUGUCACUGUGACCCGUGUGAAUCUAAAAGGGCCCAGAUCAAGGCCCCUACCACGUCAAGCACUGUCAAAAACUUUGUCAGGUGGCUAUUUUUGUUUGUGGCAUGGGUCAUCUUUAUUCUAUUAGCAUUGAAAGCCUCCCAGGUUGAAAGGGACCAUAUUGAAUAUGAUCCAUUUGAAAUUUUACAAGUAGACAGGGGAGCAUCAGAGGCGGAGAUCAAGCGUCAGUACCGUAAACUCAGCAAGUUACACCAUCCUGACAAAGAGGGCGGUGAUGCUUCCAUGUUCAUGAAGAUUGCUAAAGCUCAUGCUGCGUUAACGGAUGAAGAAUCAAGAAGAAACUGGGAAGAGUAUGGCAGCCCAGAUGGUAGACAAGCCACAACGUUUGGUAUUGCAUUGCCAGCAUGGAUUGUGGAUCAGAAUAACUCAGUAUGGGUAUUAGCUGCAUAUGGGUUAGCAUUCAUGGUCUUCUUGCCUAUUGCUGUGGGUACAUGGUGGUACCGAUCCAUCCGAUAUACUGCAGUCGAGAUCCUCAUAGACACCACACAGCUGUUCAUGCACUUUCUUUACAAGACCCCCUGUAUGAACCUCAAACGUGCCUUGAUGAUUCUUUCGGGAUCAUUUGAGUUUGAGAAGAGUCAUAAUAGUCAGGUCGUCAACAGACCAAGCGAUAACGAAGAGCUCCCUCCGCUUGUGAGGGAGUUUUCCAACGAUAUCGGUCUGAAGAACAAGGAGCGUCCAUUCUGUUUUCCUUACAGUGUCAAGGUCAGGACAUUGAUAUACGCUCACCUUGCUAGAUCGGAUCUACCCCCUAAAACUCUGGAUGUAGAUCGUCUUUUUGUCGUGAAGAAAUGCCCUCAGCUUAUCCAAGAGAUGGUCAACACAGCAGCACAGCUUAUUUUCUGGCACAAGAUAAACAAAGGAAAUCCUUCGAAAGAGCCACGUCUUGAAACGAUAGAACAUAUAAUGAAACUGAGUCCAAUGAUUGUCCAGUCUACAUGGGAUAAGAGUCCACUCAUGCAGCUUCCACACUUCACAGAAGAGACAUUGAGACUGUGCCAGUCAAAAAGGAGAAAUGUUAAGAGUAUAUCACAGUUCAUCAAGCUUAAAGACAGUGACAAAAGGUAUAUUCUUCGUCACCUAGAUGAAAGGCAGUACCAAGAUGUACUCAAUGUCUGUGCUAGUCUACCACUCAUAGAGGCAGACCUCAAAUUAGAAGUUGUUGAUGAUGAUGACAAGGCAACAAUAACAGCGGGAGCCUUUGUUACUGCUACAGUGACACUCAGAAGAGAUACGUUUACAUUACAAUCAGAUGGUGAUAUAGGCAGUAGUAACCUCGCGUUAGAAGCAGGAGGUGACACGGAAGAUUUAAAAACAGAGGAAAAGGAUUCUCCAUCAGUUAACAAAAACAAGCCAAAGGUAUGGGAGAAGCAGCAGAAAAAGAAGAAAGGGAAAGGGGGUGGAGGUGGUAACAAACCAAAACCCAAGAAGCAACAACCUCAACAACAAAAGAAACCUGCCACAAAGCCUGCCACUCUUACAGCUAACAGCACCCCAUCUAAAACCAGCACUAAUGAUGAUAAUCUAGAAGUCAUACCUGUUGACCAGGAUGAUGAGAAUGGGAGUGGUGUUGAUAGUGAUGAGGAGAUUAGCCAAAACUCUGCAAGUGAUGAAGAUGGAAUGGAGGAUGCAGGGGAAGAUGAGGAGGAGUGGGAUGAACUCCAAUCAACGUUGACGAGGAAAGAGAAGGUCUUAGAAGGCAUCACUAAAGAAUCUCAUGAAGUUCAUUCGCCUUAUUUCCCAGAGGUGAAGCACGAGUGGUGGUGGGUGUAUAUAGCCGAUAGGAAAUCACACAAGCUCAUUACGUCACCCGCAAUGGUCUAUGAUCUCAAAGACAAGAAAGAGGUUCAACUGCAAUUCCGAGCCCCGUCCAAGGGUAACUACCAGUUCUCUCUGUGUGUUCGUUCUGACUCCUAUUUGGACCUAGAUUUCAUCAAAUCAAUCAAGGUCGAUGUGAAGGAAGCUAAGAAGAUUGAAGAACACCAUCCUCAAUGGGAUAUCUCUGAUGAUGAGAAGGAGGACGAAGCGGAGGACAGUGCCGUCUCUGAUUACACCACGGACGAUGAAGAAAGCGAUGACGAAUAGAUUCAAGGAACUCUCAAUAUGGUUUUUAUGAUCAGUCCUGAGGUGCCACAAUACAUUCUUCCCGAUUGUUAUCCUCUCCAAACGAAAGGUUUCUUAUCACUCUUGGGGUCAUUUUCAUAAAGAAGACCAUUACGGAAGUGUUUAGAUUUAUUUAUUCAUGGUAGUAGCUCUAUGUAGCUGCAAGACUGUUUUUACAAUGGAGCCGUGGUAACAUAGUCAUUUUGGUAACUACCAGGAAAUCUUGAGUUUGAUUGAUGCCUAGCUUUCUUACCAUUGUAUUUACCAUAAUGAUAAGUAUUUUUAUGAAAUUGGCCUCCAAGAAGCGACCUGACUGAUUUGGAUUCUCUCUGAUAUAAAGAUAGUGUAAUAUCAUUCCGAGAACUGUUUCAUAAAGAUGUACGUUAUGGUUUUGAGUGGAUUUGAUACAUUUAUUAAUUCAUGGUAGUAUCCCUAUUCAGCCAUGAGGCUGUUUUACAAUGGAACCAUGGUAACCUUGCUAUAAUGGUAACUUCCCAGGAAGCCAUGAUUUUGAUCGGCAGCUGAGCCCUGUUACCAUGGUGAUAACCGCAAUGGUAAGUCUUUAUGAAAUUGGUCUCAAAAAUACCAUCUAUCAUUCUUCCUGAUUUGAAUUCUCUCCGAACUAAAAAUAGUUUAUUACUUCAUGAAGGCUUUGAUCAUGUCCACCUUGCCGUUGUGAAAACCAUGAUGGAAGCUUUGAUGUUGGUUGGCUGCUGAGCCCUGUUGCCAUGGUGAUUACCAUAAUGGUAAGUCUUUUAUGAAAUUGGCCCCGAAGAUGUUACCUCAUGUUCUCCCUGAUGAAUGCACUCCAAACUAAUGAUGAUGUAUAAGCACAGGGAAUAAUUUUCCUGGUAUCGCAUCGCAAUUUGCUCUACAUUUUUGAAAUACUGUUAUGCAUAAAGUUUUUUGUAUAACAUAUUUUUACAUAGGACUGUACAUUACUUAGUUGAGAGCUUUUCUCCUAUGACCAAAAAUGCUAUUCAAAUUUGUAAAGUAAAGAUUCCACUGUUACAUGUUUGCUGAAGAUUGGGGCUAAUGCAUCAGUUUUACUAUGUCCACACUGGAGAGAUUGUUUAUUGUCGGUCAAAGGAUGUCAAAUUACAUAUUGGUAUUAAAAGCUAUAAUGAAUUAAUUUGUUUGAACUUUUGAUUCCAGCUAAACAAGAAUUAAAAUGCCUGAUUUUGGCCAAAAAUUGUUAUAAAUAACAUUCUCACCUCUCUGUCUCCCCCCAGAUAAGAUAGCAUUUAUUUCAAGUCAUAUGUGCUUGCGAUUCACAGUGAGUAGAUUCUCUAUCAAAUAUUUAUGAAAGAUGAACAACCAUACACAUUCUUAUUAUUCAUAAUACGUUUUAUUGCCCCAUAAACUUCAGCCAAGGAUCUCUUGAAAUUGAUUAUUUUUUCACUAUUUUCUUUAACAUAAUGUGGAAAAUGAAGAGUGAAAAGGUAAAUUAAAAGAAAAUCUAUUUAUGUGCAUUUCAUUGAGCUUUCUUUAAAAGUUUCAAUAUAAAGUUAAAGCUUGAUUCAAAUUAAUUUUUCAUAAUACAGAAAUGGAGUUGCUAAUACCUUGUUUAAUUGAUGAUUUAGAUGGAGCACCUUCUUCAUUCUUUAUAAUUGUUGGUCUCAUGAUUGCACUAGAUUAGUGUCACUCUUUUGUUUCCUUUGUUAUUUUUCUUGUAUUUCAAUAUUUCAAUGGAUUAUAUCACUUUGUUAUUGAACUCUUUGUUCAUUUUUGUUUUUCAGUAAUUAAGAAUUUAAGUUAUUGUUACUAUGUCUCUACGCUAAAUUAAUUUAUUGAUAGUAUCAAUAGAAUGGUAACUCAUUUAUGAGAAUUAUGCAUGCAAUGUUGCUUCCAAAAUAUUUCUGCUCCUAAAAGUCCAAUUCCAGAAAAAUAGUUGUAAUAUUAAGCUAAAGAUUUUGUAGGUCAAGUUAAAGGAUUUUUUAUCC